AUGAUUAUUCAUUAUGAUAAUGAUGAAGACUCGAUACAACGGCUUAUUAUGGCUAUCUUUCCAUCUCUAAGUAAUAAUUCUCAUUUUGCUGCUUGCAUGAUAAGCCGGGCUAUACUCACAACAAGAAAUGAGAAUGUGGACAAAUUGAACGAGAAAUUGAUAUCUUUGUUUCCUGGGGAAUCAAGAUCAUUUCAUAGUUAUGAUGAAGCGAUUGAUGAUGUAAACAACUAUUACGAAGAGGAAUUUCUUAAUUCUUUAUCCCCGAAUGGUCUCCCUCCUCAUAAGUUGUUACUCAAAAUAAAUUGUCCAAUCAUUCUUCUAAGGAACCUAGACCCAUCAAACGGAUUAUGCAAUGGUACAAGAAUGGUCUGCAGAAAUUUCAAGGAUAACGUAAUUGAUGCAGAGAUAGUCUUUGGGCAGCAUAGUGGAAAACAUGUAUUUAUACCUAGAAUACCACUUUCCCCAACUGAGAAUGAAGGUUAUCCAUUUAAGUUUAAGUGGAAACAGUUUCCGGUAAGACUUUGCUUUGCCAUGACAAUUAAUAAAGCGCAAGGACAAACAAUUUCAAAUGUAGGGGUAUAUUUCCCUCAGUCCGGUUUCUCACAUGGCCAAUUAUAUGUUGCCUUAUCAAGAGGAAUUUCAAUAUCCACUACGAAAGUGUUAAUCAAACUAGACACUUCGGGCAUUAGAGGAAAAACGACGACAAAGAAUGUGGUGUACAAGCAAGUGUUGGCUGCUUGUUGUAUCACAAAUGGGUAA